AUGCUGCCCUGGACGACUUUUGUUGUCGCACUUUUCAUCUGCGCCAUCCACACUGAUGCUGGUCGGAAUAAAGCUCUGUUUCCGCCCAAAAGCAGGAUAAGAAGAGGAACAGCCUCCUCUUUCAUCCACUCAUUCGAGGACGUCCAUCUGCUUUUUGAGAUACUUCUGACUGGUGUCCACUUUGAUGCAGAGGAGCUGUCAGUGAGCGACGCCGAGUUAGCUUCGAUGCGAAAAACACAAAAACUGGAGGUGAUCUGCGUAGACUUUAUUCCGAGGAAGGCGACAGAGAUAUUUCGCCUUCUCGCCAAUCUGACGCAGCGCCGAGGCCGCCUACAGCAGGAAGACUUUGAACGGACCUUGCUGACGCUGGUGUACACGGCUCAGAUGAUGGCUGGCUCCACAGCGACUCAUCAACGCGGAGUUUGGGCCCAUACCUUUGUGGGUCUGUACCGAACCAUUAAGCAGGAUCUGACGGACAGUAAAUAA